GGAAAGGGCGGGGAGGCCGGGGUGUGGAAAGUGUGGCUGCCCCGCCCCGUCUCUUGGAACUGCUGGGGCCGCCACCGCUGCCGCCGCCGCAGCUGUAGGGAACCGGCGCCGGUGCGCAGGCGAGAGGAUCUCUUCCCCUGCUGAAAGUUCCCUCGGAAAAGCUACCAUCUCCCCAGCCCACCAUGGCGGAUGAAAUUGAUUUCACUACUGGAGAUGCUGGGGCUUCCAGCACUUACCCUAUGCAGUGCUCGGCCCUGCGCAAAAACGGCUUCGUGGUUCUCAAAGGACGACCAUGCAAAAUAGUGGAGAUGUCAACUUCCAAAACUGGAAAGCACGGUCAUGCCAAGGUUCACCUCGUUGGAAUUGACAUUUUCACCGGCAAAAAAUAUGAAGAUAUUUGCCCUUCUACUCACAACAUGGAUGUUCCAAAUAUUAAGAGAAAUGAUUAUCAACUAAUAUGCAUUCAGGAUGGUUACCUUUCCCUGCUGACAGAAACUGGUGAAGUUCGUGAGGAUCUUAAGCUGCCAGAAGGUGAACUAGGUAAAGAAAUAGAAGGAAAAUACAAUGCAGGUGAAGAUGUACAGGUGUCUGUUAUGUGUGCAAUGAGUGAAGAAUAUGCUGUAGCCAUAAAGCCCUGCAAAUAAAUGGGAACAUCAGGCAUGAGCAAAAUGUUUAGAGACAUUUAAUGUAAGAGCAGUUUAUGGUCCCUCCUCUACCCCUGACCUGCCAGACUCAGGUGUUCUCUACCAGCAUUGCUGUUCUCUUUCCACAAUGAUAUGAAUGGUGUGAUGAGUCCCUGAAGCAAACCCUUCAUCCUUUUUCCAAGCCUAUGUGUAAUCAACACCAUCUGGACAUUUUCAUCCUUAGCAUUUUAUGUAGUAGAACUUCUUUCAAAAUUGGGAGUCAGUCCUCUGAAACCUCAAACACUGCCGCUACUGUAUCAACUAGGAGUAACUCCAUCUUAAUUUCUACUAAAACCCAUGAUAAAAGUGAAGCAACAGUGAACUCAAGUGAACAAGUAAGCAAUACUUUUUUUUUCUUAAGAGUUUUUUCCUCGAGAAUCUAGUUUAUUUUGGCUCCCUCAGUUAUUUCCCUCAACGGUCAUUUAAAAAACAAGACUCAUAGACAAAACACAAAUACAGAAGUAACUUUUUCGCUGUGGGGUCGUAAUUACAAUGUAAGACAGGAGAUCCCAAAGCAACCUGAGAGCCUUGCCCUGAUUGUUAAGAUCUAGGCGAUUAGUGAAAGAUGAUUCCUCCAUCCCUCGGUUGUGUUUAUCUGGGAACCACCUCCCGUAACUGCGGAGACCUUUGUAGUCAACGGACGAACGUCGUCAUUGGCGGAAAACCCUGAAUCAUUUUACUACGGCCGCUAGCCGGCGCGCUCAGGAAACCUGACCGCAUCCGAAGCCUAUCCUCCGCCGCACGCCCGGGUUUCCUGGGUUACGGGCCUCCCCACGCUCUCUUCCGGGAGGCGGCGAGCAUACGCUCUCGGCGCGUGACGCAGCACGUUUUGCUAUAAGUACGUGGCGCGCGACGGUCGCUUUCUCUUUGAUCGCCCGACCGCGUUUCAAAAUGGCGCCGCAGAAAGACAAGAAGCCUAAGAAGUCAACCUGGAAAUUUAAUUUGGACCUUACCCAUCCAGUAGAAGAUGGAAUUUUUGAUUCGGGAAAUUUUGGUACCUUCCCUAGUGACUAUCUAGGGUUUUCUUCCCUAGUUUUGCAUGUUUUCUGUUUUAAAAUAGGAACAGUUUCUACGGGAGAAGGUUAAAGUCAAUGGAAAAACUGGAAAUCUGGGGAAUGUUGUUCACAUUGAACGCUUCAAGAAUAAAAUCACAGUUGUUUCUGAGAAACAGUUCUCUAAAAGGUAUUUGAAAUAUCUUACCAAGAAAUACCUUAAGAAGAACAAUCUUCGUGAUUGGCUUCGUGUGGUUGCGUCUGACAAGGAGACUUAUGAACUUCGUUAUUUCCAGAUUACUCAAGAUGAAGAUGGAUCUGAGUCUGAAGACUAGAUGAAGCUGCCCCUUACAGGGUUUUGCUUGUUAAUAAAACAAGUGAAGCAUGGGAAAGAAAGAAACAUCUAGAAAUGGACUUUUAGUUUAUUGGUAAAUAAAAAGCAUUGUACUCUG